AGUAUCACGCACCCCAGAUCUCAGUACACAAUCAUGUCCAAGAAGACCAUUUUGAUUACCGGCACAAACCCUGGCGGUAUCGGCAACCAGCUCGCGCGCGAGUUUCACGCCAAAGGCCUUCGCGUAUUUGCAACCGCCAGAAACACCGACAGCAUCACCGACCUUGCCGAUCUAGGCAUCGAAACGCUGUCGCUCGAAGUCACCGACCCAGCAAGCAUCAAAGCAUUGAAAGAGGAGAUCGCAUCGCGCACAAAUGGAAAGCUCGACUAUCUUGUCAACAAUGCUGGUCGCAACUACACUGUGCCUGCCACUGACAUUGACUUUGAACAAGUCCAAUUGACGUACGAUGUCAAUGUCUUUGGUGUUAUGCGCAUGUGUCAGGCAUUCACACCGCUGCUAGUCGAAGCCAAGGGUACCAUCGUCCAGAUCGGUAGUCUGGCUGGUGUUAUGCCGUACGUAUUUGGCAGCGUGUACAACUCGACAAAGGCUGCUCUGCACUCCUACAGCAACACACUCAGAGUCGAGCUGGAACCUUUCGAUGUCAAGGUCGUUACCGUCGUGACUGGUGGUGUCAAGAGCAGGAUCGCCAGAAACGACUGGCAGUUGCCUCGAGACUCGAUCUACCUCCCCAUCGAGCCUGAAUACUUGAGACGUACAAAGCACUCACAAGAAGUUGGUAUGCCAACUGAGAAGUAUGCAAAGUCUGUCGUCAGCCAGGUGCUCGGCGGCCGCCACAAGAGGCAGUUCUGGGAGGGUUCGUUCUCCUACAUCGUCUGGUUCUUGAGCACCUUCAUGCCAGCCAGAAUCUUCCUCAGAGAGGCUCACACCAAGAAGCUCGCAUAA